AUGCAGACCCGAGAGCUCCUCGCCUGGGCGAUGCUCGCCGUCGCGGGCGUCGUGCGGGCCGAGGCCGACGUGCCCCCUCCGGCGGAAUCCUCUGAAGCCGUGGCCUCGGACGGCGUGGCCUCGGACGGCGAAGCCUCUGAGCCGGCGGCGCCCAUUUCCAUCAUCCCCGACGACUAUACCUGCGUCCACCCGCCGUACCGGGCUCACAUCUUUAGCCAGUCGCCGCUCAUCGUCUACCUCGAAAAUUUCAUCACGCCGGAUGAACGCGUCCACCUGCAAGCAAUAGCGUACGUCGCCUUCUCCCGCCUCUCCUGCCCCCCCCCCCCCCCUCGUGGCCUCGACUCGAGCUUCCAGCUGACGUCGGCUCGCAGCCACGGCAAGUUUCAGAGCUCCGUCGUCCUCAACCCCGAAGGUCGCGCCGUCUCCAACUCGGUCCGCUCCUCGCAGUCGACGACGGUCAAGGCCGACGCCGUCGUGCGCUGCGUCGAGGCUCGGGCCUUGGACUUUCAGGGCUUCGACAUCCCCGCCGUCCAUGUCGAGGGCAUCCAGCUCGUCAAGUACGCGCCGACGCAGCAGUACCUCCACCACACCGACUGGCUCAAGGACCCGCACAAGUCCAUCAAGGAGGGCGGCAACCGCAUCAGCUCCUUCUUCGGCUCCGUCAAGGCUGUCAACGUCACGGGCGGCGGCACCAACUUUCCGCUGCAGACUGCCCCGACCGACAGCCGCUGGUGCCGCUUCGUCGACUGCGACCAGCCCUACGACGCCGGCGUGACGUUUCGCCCCAUCGAGGGCAACGUGGUCUACUGGAACAACCUCCACGAGGACGGCCGAGGCGACGACCGAACGCUGCACGCCGGCUUGCCCGUCGUGUCGGGGGAAAAGAUUGGCAUCAACAUAUGGACUCGGCAGGCGGCGGUGCCGGACUGGUGGAGGAACUGA